UACCAAACACAAUUAACAUUCUGCAUUCCAAGCAAUUAGUUGAUUGUUAUUAGUUAUACAAAGGAAUAGUUGUUUUCAAAGCGAACUCAAGAUGAAAAUUGUUUUCAUUCCUAUGGAUGCCUAUGGUCAUGUGAAUUCAUGUGUUGGACUGGCCAGAAAUUUGAUGCCCUUUGGGCAUGAGAUUUCUUUUAUCGUCCCAACGAAUUGGAUUAAGACGGUCCAAGGCAAUGGUUUUGCUAUUGAAUCGGUUCAGAUCUCUGGAUAUGAAAAGGAUGUCGAUCCACAGUCGGGAUUUGGUACUUUUAUGGAUAAGCGAAAUGAAACUUAUGAAAUGGAACCAUUGGAUAAGUUCAAGCAUUUAAAUGUUCCAAUGCACGAUUAUUUCCUCGAAUUUUUGAUCAAAUGUAAUGAACAAUACGAGAAAUUGUUGACCAAGAUCAAUCCAGAUCUGAUCAUUUUUGACCAUUGGACUACGGUACCAGCAAUCGUUAAACAUGGAGUACCUUAUAUGUUACUAUGGUCUUGUAGUCCAACUUUACCUUAUUGGAAAGUCGGUGGUCCAUCUUAUUCAUCUGGACUUGGAAUCGACGAUGGUCCGGAAAAGAUUCAACGAUUUCGAGAUGAUCUCAAAGAUUGUAUGAAAGAGAUCGUGGUCAAGUUUAAUCAUUACUUUUCCAGUGAAGGUCUUGACAUGGAAACUUUGGAUUAUCUUGAUUUCACUGUUCUGGGUAGAUCACCUUAUCUUAAUCUGUACUCAUAUCCAGAGGAUUUGGACUAUUCAGAAUUUGGUCCAGUUCCCGAUAAAUGGUUCCGUCUAGAUCACAUGGUUCGGAUUGAGGAUAAUGCUGCUCCUCUUGGAAUCAGUGAAGACUUUUUCAACACCGAAAGCAAAGUAAUUUUAUUUACUCUUGGCUCUCUGGGAACAUCCAACUAUCAACUAUUAACCCGAUUGAUUGAUAUUCUUGCUUCAUCUAAACACAAGUUCAUUGUAUCCAUGGGUAUUCAUCAUGAUAAGAUUAAACUACCAGCAAAUAUGACCGGUAGCCAAUUUCUAAAUCAAAUGAAGAUUAUGCCUCGAGUGGACAUGGUAAUUCACCAUGGAGGUAACAACAGUUUGGUUGAGACUCUUUACUUUGGUAAACCUUUCAUGGUUUUACCUUUGUUUGGUGAUCAACAUGAUAAUGGUCGUCGAGUGAUUGAUAAAAAACUCGCCAAGAGUUUCCAUCCACUUCGAGUAACUAGCGAUGAAUUACUUUCGGCGAUCGAUGAAACUUUGGCUGAUCAUAAAUUGGCAGAAAGGAUCCAAUCAAUUAGCAAGAAAAUCAGAGAGACUCAAAGUUACAAUAAUUUGAAUGAAAAGUUGAUUGAAAUUGUUGACCAACAUAAACAAUCAAAGUAAACAAGAUAAAUAUUGUCAAUCUCUGUAACAACCAACAAUUAGACAGCAACUUGACUUUCAAUUAACCUCUAGACACUUGAUCAUUGGAUUAAAAAUAAAAUAAAAUAUAAUAUAAUCGAGAUGAAAAUGACAAUUAAAGUUGUUCAAAUGUUUAAACUUUACGAUAACAAUUAACUGAAUCUAAUCAGUUAUCUGGAACAAAUGAAUAAAUAAUUAUCUUGA